UAAGGGGAGAAAGAGAGAAUGACCACUUGGGAGAGAUGAGGAUCCCGGUGCCACCACCCCGCUGACCAGAAGCUCUCGGGGUGUGCGCGAACACGUGGGCAGACGAAGAGAGAGCAGUAGGAGUAGCAGUGUUAUCUGUGGUGAGCCAUGUUUCCGUCAGUGCCAAGAAGUCGAGGGACUGGAGGGACGCAUAGGCUGAGAUGAGCUCUGCCUUGUUGGCCGCAGAUCGGCAGUUCCAGAGGCUACCGGAGACCUGGAACUCCACGUGGGUCGUGCGGGCUGGGACCACCAGGUUAGGGUGGGCGCGGCCACGCGGUGUGAAGCGUUUGUAUGGUCUGUGCAGAGAGGAGAGAACAGGGAUAGACAGACACAUAGUUGACAGGCUACAGAAGAGGCUACGCUAAUGCAAAGGAGAUUAGAAUGACAAGUGGACUACACGUCUCGAAUGUUCAGAAAGUUAAGCUUACGUUGCAAAAAAAAAUAAAAUAAAAGAUCUUAUUGACUAAAAUGAUAUAGUACUGCUGGCUGGUGAAGUAGCCUGGCUAGCAGUGGCUGCGUUGUUGAAAGUGAAGCUGGCUAGGUAACCUCGACAAUUUCUCUAAAUUUCUCUAAACUACACAAUUAUCAUGGAUACAAGGACAGCAAAGACAACUAGCUAACACUACGCUAAUCAAGUCGUUCCGUUGUAAUGUAAGUUUCUACAGUGCUGAAAAUGACCAUCAGUCCCACAUAUCUAUGUUGUUGUCUGCUUUCACUGGUGUUUAUUUCACUGCUAUCAUUGAGACUGACGUUACUGCCUCUCCUCUCUGCGCCUCCUCGACCACCUUCCCGCUGCAGCUCAUCAAACCGCGCGGGCAAGCGCGCCGGAUCAAAAUUGGAACCAGACAGUGGUGCUGAUGAACAGCUCCUUGCCAGAGUGCAGUGGACACACUGGACAGGCAGUCGGUGACAGAAGAGAGAGUUUUAAAACGGUUUGGAAGGUUAAUGAAUGGACUCAAACUCAGGGUUGAUUCGUUCAGAACAGGUUGGCAAGGAGUUGUUUACAUAGUUGUUUUUACAUUUCAUAUAACGUGUCUGAUAUCUAGCUAGCUAAGUUAGCUGUCAAAGUAAAUACAUUUCUCAUACUAGCAUUGGGAGCUAGGUUGAAACGAAACGAGCUACUGUAGCUAGCUAGUUAGACAGUCAGUUAUGGGUCUGGUAACUAACGUUAGUUGAAACAGCUAAUGUUACGUACCUACUUGUGUAAAUGUAAAGCUAGCAUUGUCACUGUGGUUAGCUACCUAGCUGUUGGCUGGCAGUGUGCCAGGUUUGUCAACUAAGGUUAGCUAACUGACUAUUUAUUUUGUAGGAGAUGAUACCAUCGCGCCAGAUGAUACCACCGCGCCAGCAUGACAGCGAUUUUCAUAAAUUCAGAAAGUAACGUUAACGUUAAUCAUUCAUCACACCUCAUCACAGGAUGUCAUGUAAAGCUAGAUGAUGAUACUUCACCAGCUUGUCACGGGUCUGAAUUAACUCUGAAAAGCUUGGCAGGCACACCUUCAAGUUAUGGUUUGCAAGGAGUCUCUCUCUCUCUCUCUCUCUCUCUCUCUCUCUCUCUCUCUCUCUCUUUCUCUCUCUCUUUCUCUCUCUCUCUCUUUCUCUCUCUCUCUCUCUCUCUCUCUCUCUCUCUCUCUCUCUCUCUCUCUCUCUCUAUCUCUCUUUCUCUCUCUCUCUCUCUCUCUCUCUUUCUCUCUUUCUCUCUCUCUCUCUCUCUCUCUCUCUCUCUCUCUCUCUCUCUCUCUCUCUCUCUCUCUCUCUCUCUCUAUAUAUAUAUAUACAUAUAACGUUAUAUAUUUAACUUUCACACUCUCUCUCACUCCCCCCUUCUCUCUCUCUGUGUGUGUGUGUCCGACAAUAUGCACACAAAAAAAACAUUAUAAUUAAUCAUGUUAGGUCUGAAUAGAUAUGUCAGAGCCCGCCAGCUCUGUUUUCUGUCCCACUGUUGGGGCAAGGGGUGGAUCUAUCCCUGGCUGUCUGGUGCUGGGGACUUGGGAGGGGUGGCCUCAGGGGUGGCCUCAAAAUAGAAACAAGGGGACACUGCUUGUAGAAACCCUUGGGGGAGGACUUGCUUGACUGCCUGUCUAAUUUGUACUGGUAAGCAAAGGUGGUGGACACAUCGUUCACACGUCGAACACUUCCUCCUACAGCGGAGAGAGUAAAGAACAGCUUUUCUCCUCGUCAAUCAGAGCUUAGCUUCCCUCAGCGACAUAAUUGCUCAGUGCACUGGACCUGCUUGUCUAUAGCCUUCUCAUUGUGUUUAUUUGGAGUUCCCCUAGCGACAUUGUUGACAGUGAAGAAGGGAUUUUUACUUCAGAAGGAAUCAUUAUUUUGUGCUUAUCUGAAUUGAGGGGUAUUCUUUGUGGCACUGUUACAUGGAUGUUUCCCUCAAAAAGGCUGCUGACCACUGAGCUGUCCCAGCAGAGUGAGGAGCUGCCAGGGGACCUGCAGUCUCUAUCCUGGCUCACCACCGUGGACGUACACAGGCUGCAGCAGAUGGCCACAGGCAGACUGGCCUUCAACAACACAGAACCCCAGAGCAGCCCACUGGAGCUUCACCCAGGUUCAGACCAGCACAGAAACAUGAAUACAGCACUAGGACAUGACACCAUUGUCCCUCCCCAUAGCAACAUGCAGAACAACAGUUAUAUUGGAAUGAACUACCUCAACAAUCAAAAUGGAAAUAUGACAGGAGGAUGCCCAGGAAGUGGUAUGCCUGCCUCAGGAUACCAGUCCUCCCCAGCCCACUACUACCACUCCCCCCAGCAGGCCUACAGCCCAGCUCAGGCUGUCCAACAGCAUUCCCCCAGCAGCCUGUAUAACAGCCCCUCCUACCAUAGCCAAAACCUGUAUGAGCAGCAAGCAGGAGGCAUGAGCAUCACCAACCCCCACAGCAACCAGGAUCUCCUACAACAACCUAAUUCCUUCCCCAAACCUAUCUACUCCUACAGCUGCCUGAUUGCUAUGGCUCUGAAGAACAGCCGGACAGGCAGUCUCCCUGUCAGUGAGAUCUACUGCUUCAUGAAGGAGCACUUCCCUUACUUCAAGACGGCGCCUGACGGCUGGAAGAACUCUGUGAGACACAACCUGUCUCUGAACAAGUGCUUUCAAAAGGAAGAGAACAAGCAAGGAGGCUCCUCCUCCACUCGUAAGGGCUGUCUGUGGGCUCUCAACCCAGCCAAGAUCAACAAGAUGGAGGAGGAGAUGCAGAAGUGGAAACGCAAGGACCUGACUGCCAUCCGCCGCAGCAUGGCCAACCCAGAUGAGCUGGACAGGCUGAUCACAGACCGACCGGAUGGCUGUCGGAGGAACCCUUGUGACCCCAGGAUGACGUGUGUCCCCUCUAGCCCCUGUAGUUCCCCUCUGUCUGGGCUUCUGCAGACAUCCCUCCCCUUCCACCUCCAGGCCCAGAAUCCCACCAUGCUAGGAGACCCCAGCUCCCCUGUUCCCGCCCGGACCCCUCCCCUCCACGCGGUCCCAGACUACUCCCACACCCCCUUCAUCCAGCAGCAGCCCUACAGACAAGCCAACAACCAUAGUCUGUACAGCCUCCACCCUGACGUCACAGCAGAUGUGGACGCUCUGGACACUAGUAUCAUGGAGUUUGCCGGGAGCCUAUGGGAGGGGGUGAGAGAGGAGGGCUUCAGCCUGGAGAGUAUGUUUAACCACUCUCCUCUGUGCCUGUCUGACUGUGAGCUGCCUGGCCCCACCACUGGACAGCCCCUGGUGGACCUACAGGUUUCAGGGCUGUACACCACCCUGGACCCAGCACCUACUGUCCCCUUCCAGUACAUCACCACCACAGAGGCCGGGGGCCAAGCCGUCGCCCUGCUCUGACUUUGACUGUGAUACACUGAUAUACAGUGUAUUAAACACUGAUAUACACCAAGACAGACCACUACUGUUGAACCUGCAUGUCCCCACACCCACUGUAUGAGAAUCCUGAACAUUCUCCCACCUGACAGGAUGUCUUGCCUCUUUCAUGUCAGAGAUUUUUUAUUUUUUUUUACUGAUUCCUGUUUCUCCACCAAAGCACUUAAGAAGCACCCAAAUCAGCUAGCAUAGACGUGUUUGAUUGGAUCUGUCAGAUUUUUAGAGUGAUGAGGAUACAGUGUUUUUGUGUGUGUGAUGGUUUAGAGGUAAAAUGCAAUGCCACUUUAUUUUUACAAGAGCUGGAGUCAAUGUUGUAAAGGCUGUCUUCUGUGAAGAUAUGUAAAAGGUUGUCGGGGAAACUCAUCUGGCAUCUAUUUCUUGUGGAGGAAAAGUCUUUACUAGCUUGUGCAAACAAUCCUUUUUUUGUUACCAGAUUUGACUGUGUUAUUGUAGCUCGAUAGUUUAUUUGUCGUACUAAAGUCCUGCUAGGCAGGCAUUAUCUCAGCGUUUUCUGUUUUGUUCAUUUGUAUUUAUUUACUUUGCUCCUUGUAAACUGUCUAACAUGACUCUUAAAGCCAUGCCUUACAACAAUAAUUGUAUAUUGUAAUAUAGAGGACUUUAACAUGUUAAUGUAUUUUAGAAAUACUAAACAUUUUUAAUUUAAGAUUAUUUAUGUAAAGGUAUUACAGACAUGUUAAAAGCCUCAGCAGAUUCACCUGUUUUAAACUGACAAUAGACUCCUGUGCCUACAAGGUGUUUCUCUAACUGUAAACAUUUUCAGAAUAAAUAUUUUCAGAUUACAGAUUUA